AUACUGUUUGUGAAGUGGCCACGCAAACGUUAAACACUGGCGAGUAUACCAAAACGUAUUACGUACGAGUUUCAGUGGAUGGAGUAACCUGGAACAAGACGUACCAGGAGAACAAAGCAGAAAAGGUAAACUAUAACUUAAUUUUACCUUCUCCUACCCAUAAGCUUACGUAGAAAAAAAAAAAAAAUUCUCGGCCUUUUUUGCCCUUUCAGAGGCAAGUUAGGAGAGCAAACGAUCUGGAUUUCUUACUAGGGAGCUUCGUUAACCAAGAGACCUUUCCCGUUACGUAACAUCAUUCUGUCGUUGAGGCAAAACAUGAAUAGUAAUCGAAAGAGAACCGAGAAUUUUAAAAUUAUGGCACCAUCAUUUAUCCACCCACUUUGCAGGCUACUGAACUUAUCAAUUCAGUGCAUCCAAUACCUUCCCUGACAGAUGGAAAUUUGCCAAGUUACACCACUGCACAAAGGUGGACAGCAUCGUGAAAGAAAUAACUAUCGCCCCAUAUCAGUGCUGCGAAUCCUGUCUAAAAUCAUCGAAAAACUUUUAGCAAACUCGCUACUAAAAUUUCUUCAAGAGAACAAUUUGCUAUAUCUAAUCAGCCUUCCGUUCUGCUCAUUCCACUGAAACGGCUCUUAUCAGAAUCCCGGACGAAAUUUUGUUUAAAAUGGAUAAUGAUGACGUCACGGGACUAGUAUUUGUUGAUUCCCGUAAAGCGUUCGACGUAAUCAAUCAAAAUCUACUACUGAUGAAAUUGUCAGUGUAUGGUGCCAGCCCAGAUACCGUGGCCUGGUUUCGAUCGUAUCUGGAAGAGCGAAGACAGUUUGUGAAACUAGGGCAUAUAACAUCAGAGCCGAAGCCUGUCAGUCAAGGGGUACCACAGGGAUCAAUUCUCAGUCCAAUUUUAUUUCUCUUAUUUGUGAAUGAUAUGCCUUUACAUUUGAACAACUCCACCAUUGAUAUAUAUGCUGACGAUACCACCCUGUCCUUGAGUGCAAACUGGAAUAAUAUCAAUUCUUUAACUCAGGCUCUUUCUAAUGACUUGGAGAAUAUCGAGAAAUGGUCAAAUGAAAACAAAAUGACAUUAAUACCGAGAAGACUAAACCGUUACUUGUUACGGGAAAAAGGUUACAACAUAAGCUUAGUGAGGAAACAGCCACCUUAAAGCUACGCCUUGACGCCACAAAUAACCACCAGUUAUCGCGUCACAAGUUACUGAGUUUAGUCAUUGAUAAAGAUCUUAGCUUUGAAGCACACAUAGAUGAAUUAUGUGAGAAACUGUCAAAACGACUUGGACUUUUGAGGCAUAUUAUCCUUAUCUCAAACAAAGACACAAUUUAACUUUCCAUCUUGCUACUAUAAACUUAAGCCAGUUAUGCUGUACCUGAGUCCAAUCUGGUCAUCGUGUAAUAAAGAAUUGCUAGAAAGAGUCUUACGGAUGCAGAAGAGAGCUGCACGCAUUAUAUUGGACGCCGAGAGAACAACACGCACAUUAACUAUGGAUUUCAUUUUUUAUCGAGGCAUAUAUAAGCAGCUGUUCUGUAGCCUUUAAGAGAAUAGAGGGUACAACUCCAGAUUAUAUUAGUUCUAUAUUAAAGACAAAUUCUGAUAUUCAUGACCGAUCCACUCGUUUUGCAAAUUUGAAUUUGAAUUUUCAUGUUUUUAAGAAAAACACAGAAGGAGGCCGGACCCGCGUGCGAACUAUUAGAAAUUAGAACGAACUGUCCAUGGACGUAAAGAAGGUGAAAAAUGUGAAAUCUUUUAAAAAGAAAUAGUAUACGAAUUUGAUCGCUGAGCAAAAAGAGACAGGUAAUUUUGAAUAUCUUUUAAACACUUUUUAAAUACUUUCAAAUAUCUUUUAAGUAUUAAGUUUGUAAAAUAACUUGUUUUAGAUAGUAGGGAGUUUUUAAACAGUUAAAAUUUCUAACUAAGAUUCUAGAUAAUAGUACAUAAUACUAUCUUUGCUUGUUUUUAAAUCGCCUCUUUUAAUGUUAAUUUUUAUCUUUUUAUAGUGAUAGUGUAAAAUUAUUUUAAUAUUAAUCUUGUUUUUAUGUUUUAUAGAGGGCCACAAGUUUAUCAGUUUUUUCAUAACUGUCACGUGUUUACCCACUUUAAAUAAAGGCGUCACCCUACCUUACCUUACCUAGUUCACUACAGAAAUCUGCAGUUAUAUCUGAAUCUCGGAUUAAAACUCCAAGAACUCCAUCGUUUAUUGGAAUUUAGUCAAUCACCAUGGUUAAAACAGUACAUUGAUUUUAAUACACAUAAAAGAACUAAUUCCAAGAAGUCAUUUGAAAAAGACUUUUUUAAACUGAUGAACGACUCAGUAUUUGGUAAAAUCAUGGAAAACAUCAGAAAACGAGUUGAUGUAAAACUUGUUAGUGACAAGCAAAAAUUAUCUAAAUUGGCAUCCAAACCUACUUACGUGAACAGUAAAAUCUUCAAUGACAACUUUUUGGCACUUCAUAAGAUAAAAGAAACACUGACUCUUGAUAGACCAGCCUAUGUUGGUAUGUGUAUUUUAGAUCUAUCCAAGACACUGAUGCAUGACUUCCAUUAUAAUUACAUCAAAAAGAAAUACAAAAACAAAGCCAAACUCCUAUUCGCUGAUACAGAUUCACUAACUUACGAGAUUGAAGCUGAAGUCAUAUACAAAGACUUUUGGGCUGACCGAAAUAAGUUUGAUAACAGUGAUUACCUGGCAGACUCCAUGUACUCUGAUAAAACAAAUAAGAAAGUAAUUGGUAAAUUCAAAGAUGAAGCUGCAGGUGUACCAGUUACUGAAUUCAUUGGAUUGAGAUAAAAAAUGUAUUCAUAUACAAAAAAACAAUGACAAGAAUAGGAAAAAAAAAACAGCCAAAGGUAUCAAAAAAGGACGUUCUAACACAAGGAUUACAAAGGCACAUUAUUACAAAACCAACAAAUGUAUCAUAACAUGAAUACUAUCAGAAGUACGCGCCAUCAACUAGGGAGUUAUGAGCUAAAUAAAAUAUCAUUGUCCUUUUUUGAUGACAAAAGAUAUGUUCACAAUAAUGGUAUAAGCAAUUAUUCAUAUGGUCACUAUAAAACAUUAAAUUAAGAAUAGGCACCCAAGGUCAAGGUCAAACCAUCCAGUUUGGGGUAAAUGGGUAAAAAAAAAAUGACCCCGUACCCCUAACUCCUAUACUACGUAAAUAACCGCUCCCAAAGUUAACAGAAGCUGGGGAUAAAUAACAAAGGAAAUACAAAAGAAGGCACAGAUUACACAGAUGGACAAACAAGCAGAAGAUUGAAGCGGAAGCAAUUGUGGUGUUUGAAACCUUGUUGUAGCCUCACUGGUUUUUCAAAAGUUAAUUUUUGUUGUUUGCAACGUUUGAUAUAGUGCUUGGGAGACAUAAAUGUUGUACAAGAAGCAGUGAUUUUGACAUUCAAAAAUUAUUGUUCAAGUUCAUAGCGAAUUAUGUCGCGUAAUUUGCAUUAUUAUAUACAUACACUGAGAAAUACUCACCAAAAAGCUAUGUCGUAAAUUUUCGUACGCAAAUUAGUUCUAGCCAAGCAGAGGAGCGAACGAUGGUUUUCACACGUGAAAAAAAUGAUACGUCCAAUCAGAAUCGCGAACGAUGUUUUUUCACGUGUGAGAAAAAUGAUACGCCCAAUCAGAGGCCACAGAGGUGUGUGAGUUUCGCGCCAAAAUUCCCGCCUCUUAUUGCAGCUUGCAGCGCCGCUUCGCACACAUUCAACGAGAAAAGUUUUACUCAAAGAGUUUUUCUCGCUAAAAAAGUGAAAAACAUUUCGGACAUGGAGUGCAAUAGUUUCGUUUAUUUCACUGUCGAUAAAGAAAACGGUAGAGAGCCGGCGAAACAACAGCGGGAAGGGAAAAACAGAACGGGACGUAAGCUUUUGUUGUGCUUUUUGUCGGAGCUACUUUGCCUUUCAUUUAAGCUUAAGCUUAUAUUGAAACCGGCCAUUUUACUUAAAUUCACUCAUUUUCAAUUGUGCAUUGACAACAAACAGUUAAGAUUACUUAUAGUUCUUGGAUUAAGUUACCUCAUAUCCUUUCCGUCAUUUAUGUUUUUAACAAACGUUUUUACUAAAAAGCUGAUACUUCGUUUUCGUUGUCAUUUUGCGGCAAGUGUGUAGCGGCAAAUAAGCAUCUUUGAAAGAUUUAAAAUAAAAAGGCCGCCAAAAUGAUGAAUGUCUCGGUAUGUAUAUAAUAAACACAAUACCACAUGGAAAGUGCUUUGUACGGUAUUUACGCACUCGUUGUUUUUGUAUCAGAAAUCUUACUCGUUCGCUGCGCUCACUCGUUCGAUUUCUGAUACGUCAACAACUCGUGCGUAAAUACCGUACGCCAGCACUUUCCAUGAAGUAUUCUUUAUUGAUUUAAUAAACAAACUGAACUAGCCAGCCGUGACACAUCCUCCCCACAUUUCCUUCAUUAGAUAAAGACAAACGGGGUAUGACAUUAUCAACGUAGAUAAAUUCCAUUUCAAAUUAACGAGAUUCCACUUCAAAGAAACGGUUUAAAACAUCCCUACUACACUACUAAUUAAAUACCUUCUUGUUUUCACUUGCAGGUUUUCCAAGCAAGUACCGUUUUGAAGGGUGUCGUAAGACAGAAACUCAGUCAAGUGGUGAAAGCGAGAUUUGUUAGGUUUUUUCCUAUAACAUAUCAUGGUUGGCCUUGUUUAACUGUUGAAGUAUAUGUACUCACACCUAAAUCUUAAAACAUUCGGUUAAAAACCAGUUUUUUUGUAAGGUUGUCACAAGGUUUUCUUUUUCCUUUUAUGUGUCUGUUAAUUAUUUAGCCCUUUUGGUAGGGAUGCUCUCACAAUUUCUGUAGAGCAUACAACUGUUUGAAUGAUUAAGUAGCAUGCAUUUAUAUUUUUGGACCUCCAUUUAUUAAGGAACUGAUACCGGCGACAAAUGCAAGUUGCCGACGCUUCUUUUUCACCUUCAUUUAUGAGAGAACAGGCUUUUUCCAAAGAGAUACUCAUAGUCCACUCAUCGGAGUUUCCCUUUGGAGGUUUGAAUACACUAAGGCUCCAAUCCCUUUUAGUAAAAACUGUGUCUGUUUAUGUCGCUGUAGUCUUAGAUCUCACCCUCAUACAAAACUUCCUGGAUAGAUGCUUUAAGAGGAAAUAUACAUCUAACAGAAUGGACUUUCGAGAACUUUUGGAAAAGGCAGAUAAGAAGCUUUUCAAAGUACGUCCAGUGGAUCCCGAUGUCCCGUAUAGUAACAUUAUUCCAAAGAAGAAAGAAACAAAGUAUCAUCUUAGAAACAAAACUGCUCAUCGCCCGCAGAUAACGACUGAUAGAUUUAACAAUGUAUUUGUGAAUAGGCUUAUUUUUGGAUAUAAUCUUUAAUCUUUCUAUUUCUACUAUUUGCAUACUGUAUGUUUUACGUAUUUUCUGACUUAUUGAUUUAUU